UCUCCCUGCUUGUUACCUAGCAACUUGGGGAUACUGGUGCUUUCUCCUCUGACCGACUCCUUCCGCAUUAGAUACAGGGAUCACUUGGGGAAAGGUUCAUGCUUUGGGAAGACAGAUACCCAUGCUGGGUAUCUGAUGAGACAUAGGGUGCACUGUCGAACUGAAUUGCGACUUUCAGAAUUCUCUGCGCAAACUUGAAAGUGCCUCUGCUGGUUUUGCUACCACUUAAAUGUUUGGCAAGGUGACAGAUCCCCUCUGAAACACCAGUAGCCUUUUGUGGUGUGUUGAAUCUGACAAACAGGAACCUGCACAGGUGCACAACAUUCAAUUCUGGGACUAUUGACCGGCCUUUGUACUUAUUAAAGUUUCAUUGGAUGCGAUUGCCACAUGAGUUCCUCAAGGAUAAUGGACCCUAAGAUGAGAGAGGCUGAAGUAGAUGGAGAGGACAAUUCAGGAAAGAAAAAAUCAAAGUUCAAAUCUUUCAAAAAGUUUUUUGGCAAAAAGAAAAGGAAAGAGACACCAUCUUCUGUGAGCAGCAGUCUGAAGUUGUGCCAGUCAACAAGUGAUGUGGCAGCCUCUCAUGACAUGCGCAUUAGUUAUGAUUCUGAAGAUGAACUUGAGACACAUAAAGGCAUUAUGGGAAGCAGAGCUUUGUCACAUGAUAGCAUUUUCAUCCUUGAGACUGGGCAAGAGCCUGCAAGGCCAGUAAGAGUGUUUUCUCAAGAAAAUGUUUCUGAUCGGAUUAGAGCUUUACAGCUGAAACUCCAGCCUACCAUGAAAUUGGGACCUCCGCCUCCAUUUGGACUUCAUGCAAAGCGAACAGACGACGCUGGGACCAGUUCUGAAGAUGAUGGAUUACCCAGGAGCCCUCCAGAAAUGUCUUUGCUUCAUGAGAGCCUGAUCUCAGGCAUGAGAACAAGAUUCUCUGACUCUCACAAGCACCUUAGCUCUUUGAGUUUAGCUGGAACAGGCAGUGAAGAAGAAGAACAGAUUACAUUGGGUUCUUCAUCUAGAUCUCGCUCUACAGACGGACAGCUGUUCACUAGGCAUGGAAGUACCAGCACUGAGUCUCCCCGGACAUCAACUGACAGUACCAUCUCCCCUACAGCCAAUUUUGACACUCCACCUGAGCUUUCUGCUUUCCUGGAUAAUUCUGCUGCUAAGCACAAGCUUUUAAUAAAACCCCGGAACCAGAGAUUCAGUAGAAUGAGAAAAUUCUCUCAGAAGACCCAGUCUGAAUCUCUGACUGAUUUGAGCUGUACCCCAGAGGAAGAAGAAGAGGAUGAUGCUGUAUUCAAGCCCAGCAAUCAAGAACUGCCAUGCAGCACAGCUGCAACGCAGAAUGUGGCUUCCUGGCCAAAACCCAGAAUGCCUGAGGAUUUCCCCCCUGCUUUGAGACCUGUGAUGACUCAGCCUGCUUCCGAGUCUGCUGUUGGACAGGAAACCCUGCUACCAGAGAAUAAGCCAGAGGACUGCCAACCAACACUGGAAAUGACACGUCAGGAGUCUGAGCCCUCGUUGCUGUCAGAGGGCAAAGACUCUGCAACUUCUUCCAGUUCAGACAGAGAAGUACAAAAGCAAGAAGAUUCCUCAGAAACACUGGUUUUAUUGUCUGGGGAUGUGUCAAAUGUUGUAAAUCAAGAAAAUAAGGAGUUGCCUGCUGUGUUUCCAUUAAACAAAUUACCUUCUGAAGAAAAUAUUUCAAUUACUAAGAGUGGUGUUGUUUGCUUGGGAAGGUCAGAAGAAAAUAAACAGAAGGAUGAUCAGGUACCUGUGGAAAUGCCCUGUACUAAAGGGGCAAACAAAGAGUUUACUCUAUUGUCAGAGUCCAGCAAGGAGUUUUUCAUGGGUUCUUCCCAGCCCACAGACUCAUUCCAUGUUUCACAUUCUGCUUCUUCAAUGCAGAUGGGAUCAUCUACUUUUUUCUCUCUAGAGAAAAUAAAGACUUCACAGGAGGCAUCUGCUUCUGAUAAGGAGAAGAGCCAGUCACUGGUCCACAAGGAGGAACCAUUGGGGAAGAAAGCUGAAAAGGCAGUCAGUGAACUCAAUGCCUUCAAAAAGUUUUCUGUUUCCUCUGCACGGGAGAGACCAAGCACCAGAAGCCUGUAUUUCCCAGAAAGAUCAGAGUUGGAAACCCCAUUAAAUACUGGAUUCUUCCUGUCCAAAGCAAAGGUCUCCUCAAGAAAUGAGAAGCAGCAAGAUGACUUCCAGAAGGGACCAGAUAUGGACGAGGAAAAAAGCAGCAGCAAAAAGGAGACUUUGCUGCCAGAGUCCUACUCUGAGAACACAGGCCAAACUACAGAAAUUUUGGCCAGUUAUAUUUCCCCAGCUGUUGAUGCAGUACCAAUGCCAAGCAAUUCUUCAGUGGUAUCUCAGAAUCAGCAAAGUUGUAAAGAUAAAAGUCCUUUUCAAGUGAAACUUAGGUCCACCUCACUGUCCUUGAACUUUGGAGACAACUCACCACCAGAAUCAAAAGGGAUUAAAAGAUACAGUGCAGAAUUUAAUUUAGAAAAUGAGGGAUUGACUUCCUUUCUAAGAGGUGAUAAGGCAGAGAUCAGAAAAAGAGCCAAUACAAAUACUGGUGAUUCUUUAAAUGAAAAGAUCAAACCCAAAGCAAAGUCCUCUGAACAGCUUAAUAGCAAACCUCCAUUGCCUAAAAAGCCAGUGUUGCAAAGCAUAACCAUUCCAAACACUACUGCAAGCAAGGAGAAGCAGGACAAAGCUAUUCACUCUCCUGAAUCCAGAAGUGAAGACAGAGACUUGGAGAAACAGUCAACUUCUUGUAAAGUGCCUGAGAAAAGCGUGCCUUCCCCCGUGGCUGCCGGAGUCGCUGGAAGAGAUCCUGACACUCCUACAGAGCCAGCCUGGAUUUCCAUUGCAAGGCAAAAGCAGAGGGGCAUGCAUCAGGAGAAGGAACUCGACAGAGAAAAGCUUGUGGCUCCAGAAAAUAAGUCAAAUACAGAGAAACAGAAUAAAGGAAAGGAACAAACAGAGGGGCCAGUGAAGCAACAAUGGAGCAAACCUUCACACUUGGCACCUAAAACCACUUCUGAAGAGCAGAGGAAAGACACGAAGCCUGAAUCGAAGCCCCUGCUGAGAACCAAUUCAUUGUCACAUUAUGUCCCUGUAGCUGCAUCACCUGCACUGGUGGAUAAGGAGGAAAUAAGCCACUUGAAGAAAGCCAGUAAUGCUGCUCCAGAUCAGCCAUCGUGGAUGGAGCUGGCCAAAAAGAAAUCUCAAGCUUGGAAUGAUAUGCCGCAGAUUAUAAAAUAGAAUGAUGCAAACAAGUAGCAUCUUUCAUAAUUAAGUCAACUACUUAACUGAACUCCUACAGACCAGCUAAUCACAGUGAAGAAUCUCUUGAUACAGAAGGGUUUAUUAUACAGCUGUGGAGAAAGUGUGCAAUAGGUGCAGUCAAAAAGUUUACCUUUGGUUUUGUAGCAAUCAGAAUUGCAAUGGCAAUGGAUUAUUUAAAUUAUGCUAAGGACAUACUUACACUUUGGAAAAUAAAACUUUUGCCUUAUGUAUUUCCUGCAUCUUCUGCUUUUAAUGAUGUUUGUAUCCAAACAGGAUCUUUACUAAACUUUGCUGAACUUCUGUUGUUGCUGGAAAAUUCUAUUUGUUA